GUAUUUCAUUCGAUUGGAAAGACAAAAUAGUUAGAUACUUUGGUUCCCAAACCCGGAACAAGAAAAGAACAGUCGCCAUGGUUACACGAAUGGAUUUCUGGGAAGUGUAGUCAAAUUAGCCAAAACAAAUUUAACAAACUAAAGUUCAGCGGUUUCAGAUCCGGGAUUUCGUAGUCAGCUGACGGGAGACAGCCUGCAGUUCCCCAGUUUAACGUCGCGGGACCACGUAAACACACAAAUCAUUUCGAAUCAGGUGAAAAAUGGCCUCAAACCCAUCCAAGAUAAAGACAAAGGUUGCUUCAAAUGAAAGGUUGAAAAGCUUGAAAAACGCAUUUGAAGCCAAGUAUGGAGAGUCCCCACUCUUCUAUGCGUGUGCACCUGGAAGAGUUAAUCUAAUAGGGGAGCACAUUGAUUAUUGCGGUUAUUCUGUACUGCCGAUGGCCAUUGAGCAGAGCAUCCUUGCAGCCGUGUCUCUGAACAACUCUGGAAUGAUCCAACUGGCAAACACGAAUCCUCAAUAUAAGGAUUAUGAAGUGGCAUGCUCAGAGGACAUCACCAUAGACAAAGACGACCCAAAGUGGUAUUAUUAUUUUCUCUGUGGAGUUAAAGGUAUUCAGGAGAAGUUUGGGAUCACUCAUUUAGCUGGGAUGUCCUGUGUCGUAGAUGGUUCUAUUCCUCCCAGUUCUGGUCUAUCCAGCUCCAGUGCUUUGGUUUGUUGCGCUGGUCUCUUAACUAUGGAAGCCAAUCAGAAAUCCCUGUCCAAGGUGGCUCUUGCUGAGAUAUGUGCCAAAUGUGAACGCUACAUCGGUACAGAGGGGGGAGGCAUGGACCAGUCCAUUUCUUUUCUGGCAGAAAAAGGCACUGCAAAGCUGAUAGAGUUUCAGCCCCUGCGGGCCACUGAUGUGAAGCUUCCAGAAGGAGCUGUGUUUGUGAUUUCCAACUGCUGCAAAGAGAUGAACAAAGCUGCCUCCUCUCACUACAACAUCCGCGUGGUGGAGUGCCGGAUUGCCACAAAGAUGCUGGCGCAUCGUCGUGGUCUGGAUCCAAGCAAAGUGUCCAAGCUGUCCCAGGUUCAGACUGAACUGAACGCCUCUUUGGAGGAGAUGCUGGCCCUGGUGGAGGAGGCGUUUCAUCCUGAACCGUACACUCGGGAAGAGAUCUGCAAGCUGCUGAGCAUCCCCUCAGAGCAGUUCUCCACAGAGCUGCUGAGUGCCAACACCCAGCAUGUCACACACUUUAAGCUUUACCAGCGGAGCAAACACGUGUACGGUGAAGCUGCCCGGGUGAUGAGCUUCAAGAGCGUCUGUGACUCCGAACCGGCCGACGCCAUACGGCUGCUGGGGGAGCUGAUGAACCAGAGCCAUGUGAGCUGCAGAGACCUCUAUGAAUGCAGCUGUCCUGAACUGGACCAACUGGUGGACAUCUGUCUAAAGUCUGGGGCCGUUGGGUCCCGGUUGACAGGAGCCGGUUGGGGAGGCUGUGCCGUCUCCAUGGUUCCCAGCGGGAAGGUGGAGUCUUUCCUGAAAGCUGUCAGAGAUGCAUACUACACCCCCGACCCCCGCAGGGCAGCUAUGGAAGAACAAAGUUUGUUUGUUUCAAAGCCGGGUGGCGGAGCUGCACUUUUCCUGGAAGACUAAAACUUCCUUUCGGCAAUCAUUUGUUUCAAAAUACAGAAACUGUGAGGGGAAAUAGGGGACUUCUGACCAUCCUUUACAUGCAAUAAUGUUGCUGGGUUUAAAUUGAACUUCUUAAGGUGGAUUAUAAGGGCUGAAAACCUUCCUAAGUUUCCUGAGUUGUUUCUCUACUUGAUUUUCAAGAUCAAAUUUUGUAAUAAAUCAACAAUUUAAUCAUUUUUUUAUCAAUAAAGGCGCUGAAAAUUUAAAA